GCAUGCGCAGUGAGCAUCCAGCUCCUCUACGCCUAGCCGUUGCCAUUUCCUGAAUCCCUGACAGGCUGAGAUUGGGAAGUUUACAGCGAGACGAGCAGUUAGCAGUCGGAGUGAAUUCGUGUUGACUGGCCAGAGUCCGCGAAUUCAAGUCCGUCCAACGAAGGGCCGAAGAGUUUGUGGACAUUUGCUAUACGGAACAACUUUUAGGCUAGUUGUAACAGCUGAAGAAAAUGUCACUCCACCAGUUUCUACUUGAACCCAUCACAUGCCAUGCAUGGAACCGGGACAGGACUCAAAUUGCUAUCAGUCCAAACAACCACGAGGUCCAUAUAUACAAAAAGAGUGGAAACCAGUGGGUCAAAACCCAUGAGUUGAAAGAACACAAUGGACACAUUACAGGCAUUGACUGGGCUCCUAAAAGUGAUCGUAUUGUAACCUGUGGAGCGGAUCGCAAUGCUUAUGUGUGGAGCCAGAAGGACGGCGUGUGGAAGCCCACUCUUGUCAUCCUCAGGAUUAACCGUGCUGCCACGUUUGUCAAGUGGUCUCCAUUGGAGAACAAGUUUGCAGUGGGCAGUGGUGCUCGCCUCAUAUCCGUUUGCUACUUUGAGUCUGAAAAUGACUGGUGGGUGAGCAAACACAUCAAAAAGCCUAUCCGCUCUACCGUCCUCAGUUUAGACUGGCAUCCAAACAAUGUGCUUCUGGCAGCUGGAUCAUGUGACUUUAAAUGCAGGGUAUUUUCUGCUUACAUCAAGGAGGUGGAUGAGAAGCCGGCUCCAACUCCGUGGGGGUCCAAGAUGCCUUUUGGCCAAGUGAUGUCAGAGUUUGGUGGAGCAGGGAGUGGAGGAUGGGUCCACAGUGUCAGUUUCUCUGGCAGUGGUAAUAGACUGGCCUGGGUCAGUCAUGACAGCACUGUGACAGUGGCAGACCCCACGAAAAGCUCAAUGCCAAGUUCACUGAAGACAGAAUUCCUUGCUCUUUUGAGUGUGAUCUUUGUUUCUGAGAACAGCAUUGUGGCAGCGGGUCAUGAUUGCUGCCCAAUGCUGUUCCGUUUAGAUGACGGUGGAACAUUGACUUUCAUUUCCAAGUUGGACGUUCCAAAGCAAAGCAUCCAGCGGAACAUCUCUGCCAUGGAGCGCUUCCGCAACAUGGACAAGAGAGCCACAACUGAGGAUCGCAAUAGUACUCUGGAGACGCUUCACCAGAACAGCAUCACCCAAGUGUCUAUGUAUGAAGGAGAUAAAAAAGAUUGUCGCAAAUUCUGCACUACAGGAAUUGAUGGUGCAAUGACCAUAUGGGAUUUCAAGACUUUAGAGUCUUCUAUCCAAGGCCUGCGGAUCAUGUAAAAGAACUCACUACACGCUAGCACGAGACAGCACAAGCGAUGCUGUUUGAAGACUAACAAGGCGAUUUCUGAUAACACUUCUGAAAGUUUUUAACUGAGAAAAAUAGCACUGAACAGUGUCGUGAGCUGACUUUUCACUCUUAAAAGAAAAAAAACACCACACACACAAAUGAAACAGAGGGUUUAGGGUUUUUUUUAUUCCAUGCCAAAGCUGGUGCUCCAGCAGCGUGUCAUUUGAUUGUGGUGCUCUGGUCUUCUAUGUGAGCCAGAUGAGUUAAAUUAAAAGGAGAAUUUUAUGUAAAUGGUCUGUUAGAAAUAAAAGAAAUAUACUACACACUA